AUGGUGAAGAAGAUGUUGGAGAAGCAGAAGGCGGGUGAUGCAUUGCCGUUGACUUCCCUGAACCACAUCUCCAUCCUCUGCAAAUCGGUCGAGUCCUCUCUCCAUUUCUUCCAAAACGUGCUCGGCUUCGUCCCCAUCAGAAGGCCCAGCUCCUUCAGUUUCGACGGCGCAUGGUUGUUCAACUACGGGGUUGGAAUUCACUUGAUACAGUCGGAGAAUCCGAGUGAUUUGCCAGCAGCGAAGGGAGAAAUCAAUCCCAAAGACAGCCAUAUCUCCUUCCAGUGUGAGAGCAUGGCGUUGGUGGAGAAGAGGCUCAAGGAGAUGGGCAUAUCGUACGUACAGAGCCGAGUGGAGGAGGGAGGAGUCCACGUGGACCAGCUGUUCUUCCAUGACCCCGAUGGGUUUAUGAUCGAGGUUUGCAACUGUGACCGACUUCCGGUGAUUCCGCUCGCCGCCGGCGAUCCUGCGACGGACUGCCAAAGGUCGGAUGAUGCACUCACAAGCCAUUUGUCACUGAUGCCAUGCAUAAAGUGUUUUCCUCAGGCAAAAACAACAAUUGUUUAA